AUGGCCUGCACGCAAGGUUGCCUCAUACGGUACCACACGGUGGCUCGCUUCUCCACGACAGCUUUGAAAAGAGCAGCUAACUCCGGCAAGGAUGCUGCGCUAAAAAAGUCAGUGCUCACUACCGAUCACUUCCAAUCCAGUCUGCCGGUAUUAAAAGUGCCUGCCCUAGAAGAUACGAUCCUAAGAUAUUUGAAGUCUCAAGAGGCGAUUCUCGAUCCGGAGCAGUUAAAAAAGACCACACGCGCAGCCAAGAAGUUUUUGAAAAUCCGAGGGCCUGCGUUGCAAAAGACCGUGAUGGAGUUCGCUCGAACAAAUACUCACACAAGCUACAUUACAAAAAUGUGGUUUGAUAUGUAUCUGUCAGAUCGUCGUCCAGUUGUGCUCACUCACAAUCCAGUCAUUGUGUUCAAGGAUACAGAACGAGGACCAGGAUAUGAACAACCAUCCAUUCGUGCAACAAACCUGAUUCACGGAAUACUUCGUUUCGCCAAACUGUUACGUUCGAACACACUCAAGCCGGACGUGUUCCAUCUGGACCCGCGAAAAUCGGACACCCCGUUUUUCCAUCAGACUAUGCGUUUCGUUCCCAAAUCUGUCGCCACCUAUGCCGCCUAUAUGUUCAAAGCCUUUCCAUUAGAUAUGAGUCAAUAUCCCAGUAUGUUCAAUGGCACGCGAAUUCCAAAACCAAGCAGAGACGAGCUGUUCUCCGAAUCGUCGGCCAAACACAUUGCGGUAAUUCACAAAGGUCAAACCUAUAUUUUCGACGUGAUGGAUGAACACGGCGCACUUAUCUCACCGAAGAGGUUGUUGGCAAGCCUCGAAUUUAUCUUGUCUCAACCGGAUUUACUGCACACUCCAGGUGUUGGUACAAUCACGGCUAUGUCACGUGACGAUGCUUAUGUGGCUCGUCAACGUCUGGUUCGUUUGGGCAAUGCGGCCAAUCUGAAACUGAUCGAUUCCGCAUUCAUCUUGCUCGUUCUAGAUGACACCGAUAUUUCCGAUCCAUCCAGCUUGGUAAGUAUCAUUCAUGCGUAUUGCUUCCCCCUUCGUCUGUUCACCGAACUGGGCAGUUUAUUUGCAAACAUGUGA